GGUGGUUGUGGGAUAUAUUCGUCCGGUCGAUGGAGUCCGUUUGAAGUCAGACAGUCUCGCUCGUGUGUAAAUGCGUAUUUGUUACUCAAAUCGAAUUAAAUUACUCUUCCAGCAGUCCAAGCGUCUUCCUAGGAUGUGAUAGAAGCCUCGUAACAAUUAAGCAACAUGGAAGUGAUUCGAACGAAGCAAGAAGAACGGGAAUAUUUGCGAAAACUGAUUGCCUUAUGGAACGCGAGUCGUUUGGACAUCUUUGAAAUAAGCGAGCCCAAUGAAGACUUAGAGUACCGCGGUGUGAUGCGGUUUUUCUUCCAAGAUGCUGGAGCAAAAAUGGCCACAAAGUGUGUCCGCGUUACCAGCGUGGAAACAGCGGAGGAUGUUACGAGAACCUUGGUGGAAAAAUUUCGUCCGGAUAUGAAGAUGCUUUCAAAUCCGAAUUACUCUCUUUAUGAAGUCCAUCCGAACGGAGAGUCCAGAAAACUUGGAAAAGACGACAGGCCUUUAGCUGUCCAACUGGCAUGGCAGCAAGAUGACAGAGAAGGACGAUUUUUGCUCAAGAGUGAUCAAGAAGCCCUGGUAGCUACUAAUGUGUUUGCUACUGACAAUGAAAAUGAUCCUGGCCAGAGUUUCAAGAGGAAAUUGUCAAAGAGAGAGAAAAAAGAACUUAAAAAGAAAAGAGAAGAAGAGGCCAAGAAAGCUCAGCUACGUGGACCUUCCUCUCCCACUAAGUCCAGUGAUGACUCUGCUAUUGCACAAAUACUUUAUGAUGAAUUACCGGAAACCAGCUUCACAAGAAGCAUCUCUAACCCUGAAAUUGUCAUGAAAAUGCGUCGUCAACGAAAACUUGAACGUAAGCUACAAGAAUUUCAAAAUAGUGAGGGAGGGUCAGACAGUGGAGGAACAUUGAAAAUCUUUGCUGAAACUUUGAAGCCGGAGAUCCCAUACAAGACUCUUCUUGUUUCAAUGCGUGAUCCAACCACACAUGUUGUGAAAGAAGCAUUAGAAAAAUACCAAAUGGAAAAAGAAAAUCCUGAGGAAUACUGUCUUGUGAUGGUAAACAUACCUCCUGGAGGACAAAAUGGAGGAGCUACACUCGGAAAAGAAAGGGUUGUUCAUGAUGAGGACAAUCCGCUGGCUAUUGCUGCCCAUUGGCCUAAACAGGAAGGGCAUGUUGUUUUCCAUCUGCGCCGCAGAGCAAACUUGCCACAGCACAGAAGACAAAAGAGAAGGUCAAAGUCACCAUCUAGAGUACCUACGGAAAGCAUCUCAGAUAAAGCAAUAGGCGAAAGACUCGCAAAUUCAUUUCCAGAGCAUUUGUUGCCUUACUUGAGGGAGAUGUCAUCUGAUGGCCGUGAGUUGGAUUACAAGCCAAAUAUUCACCGACUUCCCAUGGAAAUAACAGAGGUUGGUAGUGAUAAGUCAAUGUCCUCUUCGAAUAGUUAUCUGGAGUUAUUUGCACCCCAUAUUCUGCCUCGUCAUUGUGUGAUAACCAACAUGGAUGGUAUUGUCUCUGUUGAGCGGACUAGUAGUGAUGCAGAAAUAUACGUAGAUGGUAGGAGGAUCUACGAGUCAACCAGGCUAAACCAUGGUAGUGUGAUCAAGUUUGGCAAGCUUCACACUUUCAAGUUCUGUGACCCAGCUUAUGAAGAAAAAGUCAAGCAGAGUUCACCAGCUCCUGACACCGCUAGUGUGAGUAGUGGGCACAGUAUGAGUGAUACCGACUCUCAGAAGAGGUCUUCCAGAUAUAGGCCUGAGUCAGCAGGGAGAAAUAGAGAGUAUGAACAGCAGAACAGUGUGGAGAUGACCAACAAUCACGAUCACUCUGGCAUGUACGAGACAACCUUUGGUGUUGAUGGUGAAAUUGAGACUUACACAAAUGAAAAACCAACACAAGUGCGACACGACCAACCCCCUCAGAUUAUUCAUACCUCAGCUGACGACACACUAGAUGAUGAAAUGGGUGACAAGCUUCCAGCAUGGUUGGAGUUUCGAGAAUCAGGAGAAGAUGCUUUCUUUGCUGCAGUUAGCAGCGAAGUCAAUGGUGAUAGAGUUCACUUUAAACUGGCCCCGACUUAUACUCUUUACAUGUGCUGUCGCUAUCGUACUUCCCCAGCAUAUCGAGAAGAACUAUCUAAACUUCAGCGUGGUGAGCGCUUGGCCAUCACUGUCCAGAAAAUUGCCAACAUGGUUCGCUCGCCUGAGCCAGCAGGGAGAAAUAGAGAGUAUGAACAGCAGAACAGUGUGGAGAUGACCAACAAUCACGAUCACUCUGGCAUGUAUGAGACAACCUUUGGUGUUGAUGGUGAAAUUGAGACCUACACAAAUGAAAAACCAACACAAGUGCGACAGGACCAACCCCCUCAGAUUAUUCAUACCUCAGCUGACGACACACUAGAUGAUGAAAUGGGUGACAAGCUUCCAGCACGGUUGGAGUUUCGAGAAUCAGGAGAAGAUGCUUUCUUUGCUGCAGUUAGCAGCGAAGUCAAUGGUGAUAGAGUUCACUUUAAACUGGCCCCGACUUAUACUCUUUACAUGUGCUGUCGCUAUCGUACUUCCCCAGCAUAUCGAGAAGAACUAUCUAAACUUCAGCGUGGUGAGCGCUUGGCCAUCACUGUCCAGAAAAUUGCCAACAUGGUUCGCUCUACGGUUGAGGAAAAAAGUCAGCUUCCAGGUAGUUUGGCCUUCUGGAUGGCAAACUCAUCAGAACUCUUGCAUUUCCUGAAGCAAGAUGUCGACAUAUCACCUUACUUGAAAGACAGCCACCAAGUGUUGGCACAGUCAGUCCAGAUGGCAUUUAGACACCUUGUUCAGUGUGUGGAACAGGAGCUGCGGCAAUCAAUGUCAGCAUUCCUUGAUAUCACAGAAGAUGCUGACAUGGAAGAUGGUGAUUUAGACCCCAUGAUGGAUCCUGAUGCUCCUGAUAAUAUCACAGGAGAGCGUAGUUUUAGAUAUGGACCAUCAGGAAGGCCUAUUGGUGGAGACAGCUGGCUUGGUGGCCGGCGACGUCAUGGCAAUGAAAAACCCACUGUGUCUGAUAUCCUGUACACUCUGACUUCUGCCAUGUCUUUGUUACGCCGUUGCAGAGUGAAUGCAGCUCUAACCAUUCAAGUGUUUUCACAGCUCUUCCACUAUAUCAACAUGUGGAUAUUCAACAAGCUGGUUCUUCAGCCUCAGUAUGGCCUGUGUACCAGAGAGUGGGGUCACAGGCUGAGGAGGAGACUGGGGAGGGUGGAAACCUGGGCCAAGAAGCAGGGCCUGGAACUCGCUGCUGACUGUCACUUGUGUCGUGUAGUGCAGGCGACCCAUCUACUUCAGUCUCCCAAGAAUUCUCACAGCGACAUUGAUUCCAUUUCAUCUGUAUGUUACAAGUUAAACUCGGUGCAGUUACGUGCUCUACUUGAAAACUACAGACCAGCCCCUGAUGAACUCGGUAUUCCGAGGGAUUUGAUUGAUAAUGUUGUGGCCGUCGCUGAAAACACAGCAGAUGAGCUCAUUCGUAACCAAGGCCAAGAGGUAACACUUGAAGAGGACCCUCAGCUUCAGCUCCCAUUUUUGCUCCCUGAGGACAGGUACUCUAGUGAAGUGAUUCGAGGUGUCCCUCCUGGUUUGAAGGAGUUUUUGAACCCCCUUGCGGAAAUUGGUCUGUGCAGACUGACUAUUCAGUCAUCUUCAUCGGGGUUAUGGACGGUUUAUCAUACCAAACACAGGGACAAUGGUGGUGAUACGCCCUCAAGACCUCCUCAGACUCCUGAAAUCAUGGACGUUUCCUUCUACAAAGGUCAGGGAGGCAUGGGUCUGAGCAUUGUAGCCGCAAAGGGUGCUGGACAAGAUAAGCUUGGGAUUUACAUCAAACAAGUUGUGAAAGAUGGGCCUGCUGCCAAGGUUAGCGAAUUGCUAUUAGUACCGGAAAAUGAUAGAUCAUCCCAACAGGAAAAAAGUCAGCUUCCAGGUAGUUUGGCCUUCUGGAUGGCAAACUCAUCAGAACUCUUGCAUUUCCUGAAGCAAGAUGUUGACAUAUCACCUUACUUGAAAGACAGCCACCAAGUGUUGGCACAGUCAGUCCAGAUGGCAUUUAGACACCUUGUUCAGUGUGUGGAACAGGAGCUGCGGCAAUCAAUGUCAGCAUUCCUUGAUAUCACAGAAGAUGCUGACAUGGAAGAUGGUGAUUUAGACCCCAUGAUGGAUCCUGAUGCUCCUGAUAAUAUCACAGGAGAGCGUAGUUUUAGAUAUGGACCAUCAGGAAGGCCUAUUGGUGGAGACAGCUGGCUUGGUGGCCGGCGACGUCAUGGCAAUGAAAAACCCACUGUGUCUGAUAUCCUGUACACUCUGACUUCUGCCAUGUCUUUGUUACGCCGUUGCAGAGUGAAUGCAGCUCUAACCAUUCAAGUGUUUUCACAGCUCUUCCACUAUAUCAACAUGUGGAUAUUCAACAAGCUGGUUCUUCAGCCUCAGUAUGGCCUGUGUACCAGAGAGUGGGGUCACAGGCUGAGGAGGAGACUGGGGAGGGUGGAAACCUGGGCCAAGAAGCAGGGCCUGGAACUCGCUGCUGACUGUCACUUGUGUCGUGUAGUGCAGGCGACCCAUCUACUUCAGUCUCCCAAGAAUUCUCACAGCGACAUUGAUUCCAUUUCAUCUGUAUGUUACAAGUUAAACUCGGUGCAGUUACGUGCUCUACUUGAAAACUACAGACCAGCCCCUGAUGAACUCGGUAUUCCGAGGGAUUUGAUUGAUAAUGUUGUGGCCGUCGCUGAAAACACAGCAGAUGAGCUCAUUCGUAACCAAGGCCAAGAGGUAACACUUGAAGAGGACCCUCAGCUUCAGCUCCCAUUUUUGCUCCCUGAGGACAGGUACUCUAGUGAAGUGAUUCGAGGUGUCCCUCCUGGUUUGAAGGAGUUUUUGAACCCCCUUGCGGAAAUUGGUCUGUGCAGACUGACUAUUCAGUCAUCUUCAUCGGGGUUAUGGACGGUUUAUCAUACCAAACACAGGGACAAUGGUGGUGAUACGCCCUCAAGACCUCCUCAGACUCCUGAAAUCAUGGACGUUUCCUUCUACAAAGGUCAGGGAGGCAUGGGUCUGAGCAUUGUAGCCGCAAAGGGUGCUGGACAAGAUAAGCUUGGGAUUUACAUCAAACAAGUUGUGAAAGAUGGGCCUGCUGCCAAGGAUGGGCGUUUACGAGCAGGAGAUCAGCUUUUAGCCGUGAAUGGCGAAAGCUUAGUUGGCGUUCCACAGGAACGGGCGGCGGAGCUCAUGGUCAAAUCAGGACCUAAUGUUACUUUGCGGAUUUCCAAGCAGAGUGCUAUUUAUCACGGUCUUGCCACCCUGCUAAGUCAGCCGUCGCCAAUGGUUACCAAAGAGCCCCAACAGAGCCUUGUAGCAGUGGAUAAUGAAGAAAUGCUUCAAGCAUCGCCAACGAUCUCGGAGCAACAGAUGCAGCGGUCUCCCGGGCGAUGGUUACAGCAAGACCGUGAUCAGUCAUACAGGAGGAGUGAUGAGAACCGAGACCGGCGCUACCAUGAGCAGUGGCAGGUGGACGAGGAUAGGAGGAGAAGGGAUGGAGAUGAGGAGAGAAGACGACUGGAAGAACAAAGGAGAUACGCUGAGGAACAGCGGAGGGUAGAGGAAGAACGCAUGCGUACGGAGAGGGAGAGACGGUAUAGAGAAGAAGAAGAAAGAAGACUGGAGGAGGAGCGCAGGCAGGCUGAAGAACAGAAGCGACUUGAGGAGGAGAGGCAACUUCACGAGGAGAGACGUCUUGAGGAACAACGAAGACGUGCCGAAGAACAGCGAAGAUUAGAGGACGAACGAAGACGCGCCGAAGAACAACGAAGAUUGGAGGAGGAACGACGACGUGCCGAAGAACAGAAGAAAUUAGAAGAAGAACGUCGGCGAGAGGAGGAAAGGAGACUCGAAGAGCAGCGUUUGUACGCUGAGGAACAAAGGAGAAUCGAAGAGGCUCGUCUUCGAGAAGAAAGACGGCUAGCCGAGGAGCAGCGAAGAUUAGACGAGGAGCGUCGACGAGAAGAAGAACGAAGGAUAGACGAACAGCGACGAUUUGCCGAAGAGAGGCGUCGGCAGGAGGUAGAACGAAAACGAGCUGAAGACGCGCUGAAAAUGAUCGGAGAACAGCAGCGCCGGCAGAAAAAGCCAAUAGAAGGAUCACGUGCCUCGCCCCAGACUGUUCAGGUUGAACCCGUCCGGUCUCCUUACAGAGUUCGCUUCGAGCCUGAAGAGGCUGAGAAAGAGCGACAGAGGUCACCGCUGACCGUGAAAGUAGAGGAACCCGAGAUAGUGGCUCGUGAGAACCCAAAUCGGGCAUACUCCUCACCUACAUCCCCUGGCGCAACAUCACCCAGCAGAGGAUCCCCUAGGGAGGACAAGUCCUCGGAAGAGCCUCCGUCCAGUCCAAUUCGCAUCGACAGCCGUAACUCGCGCUACGGCCGGUACAUUAUGGUCAAACAAUCCGGUGCACAAGCUGCAAGACCAGGAGAGAAUGAACAAGAACGAAAAACACGCGAACAGCCGGAUAAUUGGAAACCACACGAAAAGGAAGAGUUUUCUCGCUGGCAGCGGGAAGAGGCGAAAGUUGCAGAGGAAAGAGAAAGCACGUUGGAACGUCGUGAACAGGAGGAAAGAGCGUGGCGUUACCAUUUAGAAAGACAGAAGAGAGAACAAGAACAGCGCCCGGAACGGGACAGAUUUGAGCGUGACAAACAAGAGCGGGAUCGCCAGCGUGCGGAACGUGACAGGCAAGAACGAGAACUUCUGGAACGUGAACGUCGGGAAAGAAGCAGACAAGAACUUGAGCGCAUUGAACGCGAACGCGCCGAACGUGAACGCGCAGAACGUGAACGCGCAGAACGUGAACGCGCAGAACGUGAACGCGCGGAACGUGAACACGCAGAACGUGAACGUGCAGAACGUGAACAUGCGGAUCGUGAACGGGAAGAGCGUGAGCGCGCUGAAGAGGAGCGUAUUAUGAACCAGAUGCAAAAGGAGGAGUUAGACGAACAGCGGGAGAGAGAAGAUCAGUUGAAACAACUCGAGGAAGAACAAAUGCAACUCAGGAACAUGGAACAGGCGCGACUUUCAAGGCUGCCCAGCGUCAAGGGGAGCAAAGAGUAUUUAGACACGAUUGAGUCGUUGACCGCUGAUGAAGUCGAACGAGAAUUUCAGAGGCGUGUUGAAGAAGAAAGAAAAAGGAAGGAAGCUGGUGAUGAUGGGGAGGUCAUACAGGAACGCACUGCUGGGGGACUGGUGUCGGUAACACGUGUGAAGUACUACGCGCCAGGUAAGGAGGAGAGAAUGGAGCGAGGAAGGAAGAUCGACUUGAUACUUCAGGAAAACACACGACGAGAAAAGGAAAGGAAAGAGGCCGAGAAAAGACGACAGCAGAAAGAAGAGGAGGAGGAGAAGCUUCGAAGCGAACGGCAACAGCGCCGGCUUCAGCAGUUUGAAUUAGACCGUGAGCAGCAGAAAGACGUUCAGCGACGAUUACAGGAACAGCGUGAAAGAGAACAGGAGGAGUGGCUGAAACAGCAGCGAGAGAAGAGAGAUCAACAGAGGAUUGAACAAGAGAGGCUGCGGCUAGAGAAGAAGAUGCAAGAGGAAGAAGAACGCAACAAGAGGCGCCUGGAAGUACAGCAGCGGCGCGAUCAGGACGAGCGGCUACGACGACAGAGUCAGCAGCAGAAGGAGGAAGAGGAGAGACUGCGGGCUGAGGAAGAACGUGAGGCGGAGGCAAGGCGUGAGUUCGAGAGGAGGAAGCAGCUUGAGGAGCAGAGGAUUGUUAAAGAGAAGGAGCAGCAGGUACGGAAGCAGCAGAUGGAAGAACAGAUGCUUCAGGAGGGAAGGACGCGGAAGUCGUCUACUGAAGAACACGUCAAUGAACUAAAGGAUCGCGCCACCGCCGAUUAUGAAAGGAGGCGGAAAUUGAUCGACGACGAAAUAGCUCGACGGCGCUCGGAACCCGUGUCGGUUCUUCGCCAUCCCAGUUCGUCUCGACCCAAGAAACAAGUGUCGUUUUCGAACGUGGCGACAGAGAUUCGUGAGCCCGCUUCUCCGACAUACGUGGUCGGUACACCGUCGGGUUACACAGCGCGGGUCACCCCUGCCCCCAGUGUCAGAUACGUGAACACCCGGGCUCCAAGUGACCCGGUACCAGAUGCUACCAGGCCACCUCUCCCUGACGACGACGAUGAUCUUCCUCCUCCGCCGCCACCACCCCCACCUCCUGACGAGUUGUUAGAGGACGAUAACUUUCCACCCCCACCCCCACCAAAAUCACCGCAAAGUUUUGAAAGAUUGGCUGCUCUAACUGGAGAUCGAUCAUCUUCAAGUGCUGGGUACACAUCCCGGGUGACUAUUGCAGCACCAGGAACUCGGGGUCAACCGGAUUACACCGCAUCGUACUCCAGCACGGGAGUUCCUCUUCGCCAGCCGCCAGUGACGUCAUCAUCCGCCUACCCUAGUUACGCGACGUAUCCAAGGCGACCACGGCCUGUGUCUUACCCAGCAGCUCUCGAGUUAAACCAAGCGGGACCUCCCCCUCCUCCUGUGAGGUAUGGAUCGCAGGAAAAUGUUCUUGACGGACCUCCGUCUCGCACCAUGCCUCAGUACGCUCCUAAACCCGCGCGAUUAGAUAACGAUGAGAUGAAUGGAGCCGAGACGGUCCGCGGACGCCUGGGGCGGAUGUCCUUGACAGACGAGGAGAAAUCCGAGAGCCAGUUUGUUUCUAGGAAACCAGAAAAGCUGGACUUCAAGGAUAAACUUAAAAUGUUCAAUGAAGAAACACCAAAAGAAAAAGUCAGGACAUCAAGAUGGCAACAGGAACAAUUGGCACAGAUGAACGGCGAUAUAACUUCCCCUUAACGACAAAGUAUCCUUGCAGGACAUUUGUAUGACGUGUAAUAACUACAUUGAUCUCAAUGAACGUUUUGAGGGAAAUAGAAGUCAUAGCAAGUACGCCAUAAAUUAACCUGGGCGAUGUUUUCUAAAUUUUGACUUCAUUGGAGCUUAGACAGAAGAGCCAUCGAUAUUGCGAUAAUGCUUAAGUUUACAUCAUAAAGUGCUCUUGUAUACAAAUUACCCACGGCAAUGGCCCAUUUGCGAGCGGGAUCUGUAUACAAAAUUGAUUAAACUUGUAGUGUCGAAGUUUACAAAUUUGUACUGUAAAAUGUUCGUCUAUUUACAAAUGUGUGUCGGGUUUCUGCAAGAAAUCGCUACCGCCUGGCAGGUCUACUCUUGAAUAUUUCCAGACACUUCUUUCAGUAUCGAUAUUUUUUCUGUGCAAAUCCGACUGUUUUAAGAAAACUUUUAAGAUGGUUUGUUCUCAAGUUUGAACGCGACCUCGACCACCAGUGAUUGGUUAAGUUUUAAUUUUUUUUUAGAUAUUGUACGUGAAAACCAGUGCUUAAAAUGCUUUUUCAUAUGCCAUGCUAUAUUCUAUUACGUUAUAAAUACACAGAGAAAUAAGUAUAGAUUCAUUAUUUGCCCAUAAGCGCCUGCAAAUUUACUAUUAGUGUUUUGUUUCGAGAGCAGCCCUUCAGUCACGGUAACAGCAGCGGGGUUAUGUCAAUGGGCUCAUAGAUAGUUCUAAGGCCAUUUGGUUGUGAUUUCCAAAAGCUUUAUAUUGAAAAUGGCUCUGGGAACUUAAAGUUCCUAAAGGAGAAAUUUAAAGGGCAGGGUAAAUUUAUCGUAACUUUACCGUCGUAUUUAGCGUCCUUGCAAAUUACAAACUUAAGGUAAAUGAACUUUUUUUUAGUAAAGUUAGUGCUGUGGUAUGAUGGUUAUCCCGAAGAUUCACCGAUCUUUCACGACCAAACGACAAUUAGCCGAUUGGUUACGAAGAAACGAUCGGGUGGCACUGUAGAGAUUUGAGGCGGACGAGUUUCACGAAGCACUUAGAUUUUGAAUGGUAUUUUAAUUUUUCACAAGUAUGUAAAUAGAAUUCAAGCUACGAGCAUUAGUUUAAUGUAUGUAUAUAAUAUACGUUUGAAAGGAAUAGAAUUUUCUCUAGAGACGGGAAACGAAUAUUGUACACGCUUAUUUUCACUAGAUUGUUAGGACAAGUUUGAGUAAUUUUACGAUCUUUGAUAAAUAAAAAUGUUAGAACAGUACGAAAUAAAGGUAUGCCAGAGAAAACGA